AUGUAUACAUAUCUUAAUAAAACUUGCAUUGAUAAGUUGAAAUCACCGUAAUAGAAUAAAAACACUUGCAAUUAUCUUUGUAUAGUUUUUUGAGACAAUAGGAAGGCAACCUCACCUUAUGAAUAAAUCUUAUAUCAUGCUAAAUCAUAAAAUCGAACUAAAUUAGGGCAUUAAAUUAUCGUAAAGCAUUCUAACCACAUCUUUAACCUAGAAAGCAAAAAAUAUAUAAAUUAUUGUAUACUAAUAUGUUUUUAA